AUGGACGAAAAUUUUCGCAAUUUUUCGUUUACCGCUAGCGGACCGGUCGGAUUUACGUCGUCACGCUCCGAGGACAUCGACGGGAAGCGACCGACCCGGGAGUGCGGUGUGGACCCACGACCGGUGCCAGCAUGUUCCGAUGCAACGACGGAACCGAAGGAAAGAAAGGAGAUGGCCACACAAACCAUCAGCGCACCGCGUACAGGAAAAUUUUCAACCUACGACGACUCCAAGCUGGCCACCUUCAUACGAAAGGUACAACCGAUAGUGGACGAAGAGCUGUCCUACGGUAUGACGCCGCUGUUCGAUUGUAACGACAACCCGUACGACGCAUCCUUCGACCGGUACCGUGUUCGGUGUCACCAGGAACUCACCGUAAAGCUUCACGACCUAGCGACACAGGGUGAUGGAAGACCAUUUACAGCCGGUGCUGCCGCGUGGCUUUCCAUCUGCACCCGUGACGCGCCGCUUCUGGUGAUUGCUUGCAGUCCCAGCCACGAUGCGUGGUGUGACCAUUUCGCGUCCAUCGUAACCGUUUUCAGUCCCACCCGCAACCGGUAUGGGGGUUCGGUGCAGUGGGCGGAACUUUGCAGCAAUCCGGUGAAGGCUUGCAUCGAAUCGCUCGAGACGAACCCGUUCAAUCGGGACAUGUGCGCCGGUGGAACCGUAGCGGGCGAUGUCUACAUCUGGCAGUACGAGAUGAAUCGAAAAAACGAAAGGAAUUCUUUUACCGAGCUGCACUCCGAGACCACCGACUGUGGAAAGGUGGUCGACAUGGCGUGGGCACGGUACAGCCUAAUGUCCAAGGCCGACCAUGCGCUGCUAACGGCACACGGUGACGGAACCGUUAUCCAGUGGCGUGUUGGAAAGACCAUCGUGAAGGACAAAAUCUUUAAACUGUCUUCGCCAUCGCCGACGUUGGCCAGUCUGGGGAAAGCUCUCAUAUUGACUCGUAUACUGGCCACUUCGAACGCGGAGUUUGUUGUCGGCUGUGCGGAUGGUUCGUUGCUGCUCUGUUCCACCACACAGCUGCUGCCUCUCGGUGGCUCCAAUGGUCAUGGUGGUGGGAAACUGAAUUACUUUUCUCCUGCGACGGUGGAAUUGAAAAGCCAUUCGUUUGCCGUCACGAGCUUACAGAAGAUCCUGAACCGCCGCCAAGAGUUGCUCAUUAGUUGUGAUCUUACGGGAGAGGUGUUUUUUCACGACAUUACCGACGCCAUCAACUCCACUCCAACGCUGAUCGUUAAGAUGCCACUUCCGUUCAAGACACGCAUUGUCUGCACCGGCGACACGGAGUAUAUCUUCUCCCCGACCGCAAACGGACUGCUGGAACUGUAUCGUAUUGGCAGUGGGCAGGUGGACAGCAUCGAGCCGUCUUUACCGCUGAAAGGAACACCAAAUUUAAUUGAAAUGACAGCCAACGGGAAAUGGUUGAUCACCGGCACGUACAAUGGCACCUUCAUUAUCUACUGCGUGGAAAUGGAUUACUAAAAGUAGGAAUCACAUCCCAAUGGAUUGCUCAUAUCAACACCGU